AAUGAUUUGCUGGGAUCAAAAUCAGCUUACUUUUUCGACGCAAAUUCUUGUACAGGCCAGAGUUGUCAACAAUUUUUACGAACAAGAAGAAAAAUGAUUCCAAUCUUGUUACUCCUCCUCUUCAGUUAUUCUGCUAUGCUAAUUAGUAGCGAAGAUGAAGAAAUUUCGGAUCCAAAUUUCGAUCCUAAAGUUUGUAAUUUAGAAAGCGAUUACGGCAACGGCAAAAACACUACACCCGUAAUAAGAUGGCACUACCACAAUUCAACGCAGACCUGCCAGCCCUUCGUGUACAGUGGAUCAGGAGGAAAUGGAAACAAUUUCAAAAGCUUCGACAUGUGCUACAUAAGAUGCUUUCUAGUUCCGAAUAAAACCCGCGACGAGAAAGAAUGAAUAUGACGCAGGAAACCACGAAAUUCGAAGAAAUGUUUCUGGGAAUCAAGAAAGUUUUUUUUUUUAUUUUUUUUCUCUUACAUAUGGAAAAUAUAUCCGUGUGUUAUUUCUCAUGAAUGUCAUUUUGUAAUAUAUAUAAUAAAGAUUACUAUGCAUGGAAAUA